GGCUGCCGGUGUCGCCUCUGUCACCUGUCUGCCCCGCGACGGUCGGAGAACCGCCCCACUCCAUCUCAAUUUUCGUCAGGUAGAAAUGCCGUUCGCGGUCCGAGUGUAAGGAAAGAAUGGCCGAGAAUUUGGAUAAACGACCGUCGAAAGGCAUCCUCAAGUCGUCGAGCAGUUUCGACAACCAUGAGACCUCCCGGGCAAACAAGGAGACCAAAUGGGAUGAAAUGAAUAUUAUUGCAACGUUACAUCCUGCGGAGAAGGAUUAUGGCCACAUGAAAAUUGACGAGCCAAAGACGCCGUAUAAUUACGAAGGCAUGGAGCACGAACGGGAGCCGGACCAGUUGGAUGCCUCGACGAUUGCAAUAAAAUUGGCUCAGAGUGACAAACCGAAGGCUUUCGAGCUCUCGAGUGAAGACGAGGACGAAGAGACGCCCGAAGAACGAGAAAAGAGGAAGGCGUUCGAGGCGAAGAGGAAGGGCCACUACAGGGAGUGGCAGGCCGUUCAAUUGGCUCGCAAGAAGUGUUUGGACUCUUCUGACGAGCAAGAAGACGACACCGACAACGGGAACGAUCUGCAAAUGGACGAAGUGCCGAGCACUCACUUUAAAUGCCUGUUUCCUUGCACGAGCAAACGAGAUUCUAACUCGCCCCCGCCUAACUGAUUGCACCCGAGAAUUGGCCGGUCAAGUCGCGACCGAAGAGGGAAGAUACGACGAGAGUGGAAGAUUAGAGAAGAGGGAAAACGUAAAAGUAAUAAGUAAAAAAGAAACGCGGAAAGAGACAAUUGGGAGGCCGCACUUGCAAGAUACCACGGCUCUAACGAUGAUAUUAUCCUUUAACAUUGCGCCAGGAUCAAGCAUCAAUACAUCAGCAAUCCGUAGAUCGUUCUGCGUUCUCGAUUAGUAGAUACAAAACGAAAGGGUGGAAAGAAAGAGAGAGAAAAAGUGACCGUGUGGUGAGAUGCUUAUUUUAGAGGUUGUACGAGGUGCUUAAUUAUUGUUAUUAUAUAUAUAUACAUAUAUUAUAUAUAUAUUUUUUUUCUUAGACACGACCUAGUCUAAGAACUUGACAUAACCUCUGCAAGGAUACAUUAUGUGGUAAGCCUAAGUGUAAUUAAUCGCGAGGACUUUACUUCCGCUUUCUAAGGCUCUGCGUUAACGACGUCUGAUGAAUGAUCUAAGUAUUAUGUAUAUUGUAUGUAUAUUAAACCGCAUACUGUAUUCUUGUCCUCUAAUCUCGAGUAAUAGAUACUGCGUAUCUGGAUCCGCACUCCCGACGAUCUAUUUUCGAAAUUUUCGUUUUCUUAUGAGGGAGCCGUCUACGAUGGAAGGAUUUAGGAUAACUGAUAUUGAAUAAAUAGCGAUACGUUUUAUCUA